AUGUUGUUGCAAUUCCUCGUUGCUCUAGUAUCUUCAAUAUCAGCUCAACAAUUGAGAGUUCCCUACUACGAGUUUCACGAAGGAGAAGAGCUUCUUUUCGCACAAGUUGUCUGGAGGCACGGCGACCGAGCCCCGACAGAAACCUAUCCAACCGAUAUCCAUCAGGAAAACACAUGGCCAAAUGGAUGGGGAGAGUUGACACCGCUCGGGAUGCGACAACAGUACGCAUUGGGUCGAGUGCUUCGAGCAAGAUACAUGAACGAGAGCAAUCCUUUCCUUCAUUCGAGAUAUUUCGCGAAGCAGAUCUACAUCCGUUCAACUGAUGUGAAUCGAACGUUGAUUUCCGCUUAUGCGAAUGUCGCUGGAAUGUUCUCUGGUGGUGAAAAAGGGAAAGAUUAUCCAACAUAUGGACGGUGGCCAUCGAAUUGGACUCCCGUUCCAGUGCACACAAUUGAUGUCAAUACCGAUCAUGCUGGUAACAUCUUUGCUCCAUGCAAGAGAGCCGAGGAACUCGAUCAACAACUCCAAAAUAGCCCACAGUUCAAGGGAUUGGAGCAAGAGAAUGGGAAUUUUCUCAAAUUUUUGUCGGAGAAAACCGGAAAGAAAGUCACUCUAAAGGACAUUUAUCUGAUAAACGAUGUUCAUCACAUUGAGAAGAUCUAUAACUUGUCUCAACCAGACUGGAUCACUGAUGAAGUUUCUAAGAAAUUGCUCAAUCUCACCCAAAAGGCGAAUGAGUACACCUAUGGAAUUGGGGAUCCCUAUGUACCGGAGUUGAUCCGACUUCGAGGAGGAAACAUGUUGAAAUCAAUUGUUGACAAAAUGCAGCAAAAACUUGACUGUCAUUUGAAUGAGAACAAAGGAGCUGAAUGCAAAUGGAUUGGUGGCUUGAAGUACUACGCGUAUUCAGCACACGAUACAACAGUGGCCGCUUUGUUGACAACAUUCGGUAAUGAGGAGCAAGUGAUUCGUGGAGGACUUCCCAAGUACACAGCCUCGAUCGCCAUCGAGCUAUGGAUGUUGAAGGAUGGACCAGCUGUCAGGCUCCUUUACCACACUGCUUUCCACCACAACUAUCAUCCGAUCACUCAAUUGACUCAUGGUUGUCCGACUGAUUCCGAGUUUUGUUUGUUAAAGCAAUUUAUCGAUCGAUCAAAGAAAUUCAUGCCAGAUGAUAUUGAGAAAGAAUGCCAGAACAAGGAGAGAUUGGAGAGAAUGAGCCUUCAAACAAAUCGCGUCUAC